UUCAACUAACCCACAGUAGGAAGAAUAGAAUAGAAUUCAACAAACAGUAUUUUUUUUGCGAAAGUUCUAUAAUAUUAGCUAAGUAACAGAUUAGAGAUAGAUAAAUAUCACCAACAAAGUAUUUCAUUCAAAUUUUUUUGGGAUCAUCUGGCCAAUCGUGACCAAAGCAUAUUUUUAUUCUAUUGAAAUUGUGAUUUAAAAUAUGGGUGGAUGUCGAUGUACAUACAGAAGUUGUGGUCUUAAAUCAGAUGGAGUUACCCAUAUGUUCCAUUACCCUGUAUUUGACAAGAUAAGGUGUCACCAGUGGCUUGUUAAUGCUCAAAGAUUUGAUUUUUUAAACUUGAAAGUUUCACAGUUAAAAAAUAGGGUUGUUUGUGAACAUCACUUUAGAGAUGACUGUUUUAUGAAUUAUAUGAAAGAUAAAUUAAAGUGUGAUGCUGUACCAACCGAAGAUGGUCCAUAUUGUAAAUCAGAAAAAGUUGCAAAGAAGGAAGAAGCUGAAGAAUUUCCUCUAGUGUCAGAAGAAAUAGAAAAUGAUUAUCUUGUGCGUACAGAGAAGCGAGCUAAUUAUUCUGUUAAGUAUCUUGAUUUUCUUACAAGUUGUGAUCUGAGUUUUUUGAAUACAUUCAAUGACAACCAUAAUAAUACAAUAGUAGAAAAAAGCAACCUAAAUUAUGUUCCAUAUAGUACAACAACUGAUAAUGACAUAAAAUAUAAAAAAAAUGAGCUUCCCACUUACAAACUUAACUCUCAACGGGAUUCCUCAACAUGUAUUGUAGCUCCUACCCUUCAAAUACCAUCAACCAAAACUAACCCUAAUAUAGAAGAGAGAUGUGACAAACGUUUUCAAUCGCUAAAUAAUUCAAGUUCAAAUAUAAAAAUCAAAACAGAGCCAAGAGUAAAAAUAUUAUCUGAAAAAAAAAUAAAAGAACCUAUUAUAAUACCUCUUGACCUUGAAACCGUGUCACCAUCUACCAUCAUAGAAAUACCAAAGAAGAAAGCACAUAAUCAGAGCACAAAUAAAGUUGUAAUGGAAACAAAAAUACCAAAUCCAAAAGAGCAUGAUGUUUGUGCGAAUUUUGAUAACAAUGUUAGAAUGAAAUGGAAUGAAAAUAUACCAUAUAAUAUUGAAUUAUUACCAGAUGAUACAGAAAAAGUAGUUGAUAUUGAGGUCCCACAACUUCCAGUACUAACUCCACCGCCCAAGAAAAAAGAACAAGCUAAAAUGACUCCGUUAAAGAAUAAAAUAAGUCCCCAGAGAGAAGCAGCUAUUAGAUUGAAGAGACAGUUUAAUAUGAAGUUAAGAGAUAUUUUAGAAUCCACAUUAAGUAAUGAAAAGGUAAAUAAUAUAGAUGAAGUCAUAAGUAAUGAAAAAAUAAAUAAUAUAGACGAAGUUAGACCUGUGAAAGAAAAUAUAAAGAUUGAAGACACUAAAGCCAAAAACAUGGCCUUACAUCUUUCUAGCAAACCCCAACUACCCAGUAUACAUGAAUAUACUAUUGCAUAUUUGGAAGCUCGUAUGAAGAGAAUGGAAUACACACUUCUUAGUAGAAUAGACCACAACACUAAAAAAAUUUCUGAGUUAGCAAGUGUAAAUGAAAACAAAGAUACUGAUAAAAGAGACAAGUAUUGUCAGACUCAUAUGAAUGAAGAAGAUUAUAAAAGAUAUUUAUAUAAAGAAAUGUCUAAAUAUUUAAGUCCUGCUACUAAUAGUAAGGUAUAUGAAGAAUUAUUUAUUGAUAAGUAUUCUUUACAUGGUAAUAAUGUAGGUGAUAAAGACAAUAAAACUAUACGUGAAACACAAUGCAAGAGAAAAAAGCUGAGAUGACUGUGGAUUAAUGUUUCUGUUAGAAAUUUUAAUAUUAUUGUGUUGCAGCUUUCAAUCGGUUUUAUAAAUAACGAAAAUUAACGAGUUAAUUUAUAA